UCUUUUCGAACACUAAUAAGUGUUGUAUUUAAAUAGUCUGUGGUAGUAUCCCAGAAUUUUUGGCUUUUCAAUUUUAGUUGAAUUUGAUAUCAAAGAUUUAAAACCGGAAAAAUUGGCAAGAUAAAAAUGUAAAAGAUAACACACUGAUGUAACCAUGGAAAUAUUAGACACCAAAGUUAAACCCUUAUCUGAUGAGGAACAGAUUACUUUGUUGGAUGUUAAGUUGGUGAAAUGUGAAGAUGAUACUAUAAAAACAUCAUCUAAUAAAAAAGGAUCUUCAAGUCCCACUAUUGAGUUUGGUGUAGCAAAAGAGGAACAAGCAGAGAACUACAUUUAUAAUGAGAACACUUUUGUCACAGUGAACACUGAGCCGCCCAGAGAGUUUAAACAAGAUGAUGUUAUUUCCAAGUUUGAUGAAAAUUAUGAUAGUUAUACAGACAAUUCUAGAAAUGAUGUUAUAGAUGUGAAGAAAGAAAAUGAUUUGCAAAAAAUUAAUUCUCGGUUAAAAGGUACAUCUGGAAAAGCUUCCUCAACAAACAGAAAAUUCUCUGACUCCCAGAAACCAUGCAGUGUUGAUGUUUUUGGCAAAACAUUUUCAAAGGAAAGUAAUUUAAAAGAAUUUCCAUUUCCUUACAGUGAAGUUAAAUCAUAUAAUUGUGUUUUUUGUGGCAAAGAAUUUAGUACAAAAGGUGGCCUUAAAAGGCAUGAGAAGAUCCACACUGGGCAGAAACCAUAUAGUUGUGUAGUGUGUGGCAAAGAAUUUGGAACAAAUUGUUUCCUAAAAAGACAUGAGAAAAUACACACUGGAGAGAAACCAUACAGUUGUAUGGUGUGUGGCAAAGAAUUUGGAAGAAACUGUUAUCUAAAAGAGCAUUUAAGGAUACACACUGGGGAGAAACCAUAUAGUUGUAUGAUAUGUGGUAAAGAAUGUGGAACAAACACUAACUUGAAAAAACAUGAGAGGACACACACUGAGGAUAAACCACACAGUUGUGUAGUGUGUGGAAAAGAAUUUAGAACAAAUAGUCACUUAAAAAUACAUCUAAGGAUUCACACUGGGGAAAAACCAUAUAUUUGUGCAGUAUGUGGCAAAGAAUUUGGAACGAACAGUAACCUGAAAAUACAUCAGAGGAUACACACAGGAGAAAAACCAUAUAGUUGUGUUGUAUGUGGAAAAGAAUUUGGAAGAAAUUGUGGAUUAAAAAUGCAUGAAAGGAUACACACUGGAGAAAAACCUUUCAGUUGUGUAGUGUGUGGUAAAACAUUUGGAAGAAAUUACGAGUUAAAAGCACACGAGAAGAUACACAGUGGUGAGAAACCCUAUAGUUGUGUAGUUUGUGCAAAAGAAUUUGGAAGAAAUUGUGACUUAAAAGCACAUAAGAGGAUACAUACUGGUGAGAAGCCUUACAGUUGUGUAGUUUGUGCAAAAGAAUUUGGAAGAAAUAGUGACUUAAUAGCACAUGAGAGGAUUCAUACUGGUGAGAAACCUUAUUGUUGUGUAGUUUGUGCAAAAGACUUUGGAAGAUAUUGUGACUUAAAAAAACAUGAGAAGAUACACAGUGGAAGAAAUCAUAGAGUUGUGUAGUGUAUGUGAAAGGUAGUUUGAAAGAAAUUUUAAUUUAACUAAGUGAAAAACACACUGAGGGGUAUAGAGUAUGCCUUGUUUUAACUUUUAGGUAAUCUAAUAAUUGUCAUUUGAUGAAUCUUUCAUGAAAUGUAAAUGUCCAUUUAGUUGCUAUUUAGUGAUCUUAGUUUCAGUGGUUUUCUUCUUUAAACUUGUACACGUGCUGUUUCAAUCGGAGAUAAACAUUAUAUGUUUUGUAAUAGUGCUGGAAGUAGCUCUUACUUACUUUUUUUUGUGAGACCUGUAGUAUGUUAGUUUUUGACAAAAAUUAAAAAACAUGAUACAUG